GACAUUGGGACGGACAUACCAAGCCUCAGUUCCCACACCAGAGCCACGGAUUCAGUGAGUUCUCUGCGCCACAUCGCCCGUCCGAGCUACGCGAGCAACUAUACUGCGGGUCGUCCAAUUCAUUCUGUGCCUCAACCACAACUCUCAUUCCUUCCACACUACCAUUCUCCGAUCCGUCGAGGUCACGAGGCGUCUGGACCCCGCAGACGCGACCGCAGCACUCGUCACCCCAACGAAAAUCCACGUCCACUUUCUAUGACCGGUGCAGGCGAUAACUUUGGCCCCAGUAGACGUCCUAGUGUAACUGACGGAGUCGGUACCUAUCCGUGUUCCCUCUCUGCCAUGUCAGCUAAAACCCCACCACCUACACAGGGUAACAGCUUUGAUCCAGAGGAUCUGAUACUUCCACCACCAGAAGAGUUUUGCUGCUGA